AACCGUUUUCGAGCGUCGGUCCAGAUAGAUGCGCUUCUAUUCCAGAAACACCUGUCUGCCGUCGCGAUCGCUAAAAUGAUCCAAUUAUUCCAAAAUCGAAAUAUUUUAUAGAGUGUAUUGAGCGGGAAUAAUUUUUUUUUUUUUGGGGGGGGGGGUAAAAUGUGACGAUUUUAUCACAGAAAAGGUGAAGAAAGUUCAAAAGUGGGGGAGUAUUUCAGUGAAAACAUGUGUUUAGACAUGUCGUGGGUGCUAGUUUUGAGUUAUUGAGAUUUGAUGUAACAAAGUAUGGAGGAUAUCAAAGAUGUGAGUAAUUGGCAGAAUGGAACUGAUAAAAUCGUCAACUUCCAUCGACAACAAUCUCCGGAUAAUUACAUGUUAUUAUUCGAAGAUAUCGAUCAGUUUUUUAAUAAAAUAAAUCUCACUAAUGAUUCCGAAAUAACCAACGUGCUCAAUUGUUCGAAUUUGUUUGUUAAUUUAUCUAACGGGAGUUGUGGUGGUCAAUUCGAAAUCAGCCAUCAUAAUUAUUGGGCGUUGAUAUUAGUACUUUUUCCGGUAUUUACAUUAUUUGGUAAUGUACUAGUGAUACUUAGCGUGCUUCGUGAAAGGACUCUACAGACUGCUACCAACUAUUUCAUCGUGAGCCUUGCUUUAGCCGAUCUGCUGGUGGCUGUUGUGGUGAUGCCGUUUGCUGUUUACGUUUUGGUAAGCGGCAUCUGGGGCUUGCCAGCUUUCGUAUGUGAUUUCUACAUAGCUAUGGAUGUCACGUGCUCAACAUCUUCCAUAUUCAAUCUGGUAGCUAUUUCAAUAGAUAGAUACAUAGCAGUUACUCAACCAAUAAAAUAUGCAAAACACAAAAACAACAGGAGAAUAUGGUUGACAAUAGUAUUCGUAUGGGUAAUAUCCGCUGCAAUAGGUUCACCGAUCGUCCUCGGCCUCAAUAGCACACCAGACAGAGAUGAAGAUGCUUGUCUGUUCUAUAACGACGAUUUCGUUAUCUAUUCUAGUCUAUCAUCGUUUUAUAUUCCUUGUAUAAUAAUGGUUUUUCUAUAUUAUUCUAUUUUUAAGGCCUUAAAGACUCGAGCGAUGCAAUUGAAGUUCAAUAAAAAACCAAUGACGUACGAAAUCAAGCCUGGAUCCGUGAUAGAGAACAUUUCCAACACGCACAGAUUAGCUGAAACGACGCUGGGCGGUCCGACACCUAUUGAUGAGCAGGCGACGAACACGGGAAGCGGCUCCGGAGAUGAGGACGAAGACGUCAUGGCCGAUGCCGAUUGUCACGUUAUUUCCAACGAUAAGAGCACCGAGUUCAUCCUUGCGACAGUCGUUGAAGAAGCAGCAACGAUGCCUAGAAUCAUGAGUUCAGCGUGUCCAAAAAAUGAAGCAUCCUUCUCGCCAACAACGGGUUCUACGGGAUCUAAAAAAGAAAGAAAAGCCACAGCCGCGGCCAGAUUCACGAUAUACAAGGUUAAUAAAGCGAGCAGAAAAAAACGAGAAAAAUCGUCAGCGAAGAAAGAGAGAAAAGCUACGAAAACUCUAGCUAUUGUACUUGGUGUUUUCCUGAUAUGUUGGCUUCCGUUUUUUACAUGCAAUAUACUGAGCGCGAUGUGCAGUAAAUUCAACCUUGACUGUCAACCUGGCGUUGCCGCAUUCCUUCUCACGACAUGGUUGGGAUAUAUGAAUAGUUUCGUGAAUCCUGUUAUUUAUACAAUUUUCAAUCCAGAAUUUAGGAAAGCGUUCAAAAAGCUCAUGUUCUUAGGAGGUCAUUUUCCUCUUCAGAAUGGACCAAACAGUAUUACAAAUUGAUAUGAACGAUUAUCUAGAGAAAAAAAAAACUAAAAUUAUGUAAAGAUUUCGAUUCACAUAAGUAAUUAUAUAUACAGCGUUAUAGGGAGGAUUUUUAUUUCAGCAUGAUGUUUCAAUCAACAGUCAAUAUACAAGGUGUGGCUGUUAAGUAAUGAGACUAGGGCUACUAAAGAAAAAGUAGACAUGCGCCAAAGAUUAACGACCAUGAGCCGCUUAGUAUGAAGCCUAUUCUUUGGAAUACGAUGUCUACUGUGACUGUAGACAAGCCAGCGUAUCCUUGGCAUUCUUUUUGCUGUAAAAAGCAACCCGAACUAUGGGAGAAGCUUCUUCAUUAAGACAAUGCUCCAGCUCAUACUGCACUGUCUGGAGCCAUACUCGUACAUGCUUAUAUCGUAAAUACUCAUCUGGUUUAAAAAAUAUUUCAUCUUCCUAGAUUCGUUCGUGGGUAUACCAAUGCUCGAUGCAGGUGGGGUGAAAUGGAAGCUAAUUAGUACAUGAAUAGUACUGACGAAUGCUAGAAAGUUCAAAGCACAAUUAACAGUUAAUUGUGAAUUAUUUCCACCCGAAGUUAUUAAAAAUAUUUAAAACGAAUUUUUUUCGCGUUUAACAAAAAAUGGAAAAUAGGAAAUUAAUAAAAUUUCCUAUUAUUUUUUAUUUUUUCCUAUUUCCAAAAUCUUGUGAUUUGCAGUACAGCUCCCCAUAGAAAAAACAAUAAUAGUUUCGGAAUAAUAUUUGUCAAGAAAAUCAGUAUUCCAACUAUUGAAAUCAUUCCAAAUAACUGACUAUCUUUGUAUGUAAAUAUAAUAUACUCGUACAAGCUGUUUCAGUACAAUAUAAUGAAUUAGUUUCAUAAAGUUACGUAAGUUUUCUUUUGUAUUUUUAAUACAUUUUCAAAAAAAAAUUGUGAAGAUCUCAUAAAAAUCUGUAAAUAAAUAAAAUAUAUAUUCAUCAUAAUAUACAGGGUAAACAAAACCGUGUAAAAAGGGUAAAAGUUAUUGUUCUUAUCUAAAAGUGUAUAUAGAAUAUACCUGAUAUCGAUCAAUUGUAUUAUUAAACUAUACUUUGACGUUUUGGAAAUAUCUUCGACAUUGUAAAUAAUAGGGUACUUGCAUGGUUUGAGAGAAAAAUACUUUUGGUUAGCUUAUUUACAGCUUUCAUUAUAUUAAUUUUUUGGAUAUUCAAAAAUUUUAUAGGUAGCUUAAACAUUUCAGUAAGGCCGCCAUAUUGCGUGACGUGAAUACGACAGUUAAUCUUUUGAUUAUUCUAAAAUAAGCGUCAUUAUUAAACUUUUAUUAAUCUGAAAAAUGGCAUAUAAAUCGUGUUUUGUGCCAGGGUGUAAAAAUACCACGACUAAAACACUACUCAAUGUGCUUAGUAAACCUAUGUCCUCAGAACUGAAAACCAAUGAGAAACCCUGUACAAAGGGUUGCUUUUUCUCUGAAGGUGAGCAAUUGUUUAUUGAAAAUAAGUACGAAAAUCAAUGAAUCAAGGAACUAUUACUUGUUGAAAGUAGAUGAGUAUUUUCAGGCUUGAAAAUGUAGAGCUUCUACGUACAAUAACCAAAAAUAGUGCAUUUUUCGUGAUAAACUUACAGAACAUUUUUUGAAGUCCUUUAAAAAACCUUUAUUCUCAUUUUUUACGAAAGUUCCUAACAUCAAAACUGAGAGGGUUAUGAAGAGAAUCAUGUCGAUUCUUAUUUUUGCAUCGAAAAAAAAUAGUGGGAAUCUCACCCUCUCUUCUCCCUCUAUAAAAAAUAGAAACUGGAACCCAAGUGAAUCUAGAACUGAACAAUAAUAUAACUAAAAAUAUAGUGAAUUCGAAAAUCAAAACUAUCUUCAAAGCAAAUUUAUUUCUAAACAAUAAAUUUUCCUAUUUUAGGCUCAGAAAAUUCAUUACUAACUUUGUAUAGAACGAAAAUUGUUCAACACCCACAUUGGCAAAAUAUGUCAUGCUCAAAAUUAUAGAAAGUCGCAAAAUAGUAUCAUAGAAUCAUAGUCAACUUCUAAAUGAAAGUCUAUGGCUUCCUUUUCACCUAAAUCGUCCAACAUUGCAUAUUAAAUUUUUGCAUUCCAGUAAUUGAUUUCAGGAAAGCUUGAUAAUACAAGAUGAUCUCGAAUCUAGAUCGCAUAUACUUUCUAAGUAGUAUAUUUAACCUAAAUAUCGAAAAAUUUGCCAAAUUCAUUUCAUUUUUUCUACUCAGAAAAUAGACGACAGGAACUUAUUAGCCAUAUCAAUUCAACAUUCACAACUGUAAAUUAGAUAUUAUUUAAGCAAGGUGUAGUGUAUAUUUAGAUUAUAAAUAAAAUUAAAUAAAUUUUCUUAUUCUAAAAUUUGUAUUUGUAUAUCUAUAUCUAAACUCCUUUGUUAAUUUUUUAUAUUCGAAUCAUCAUGUACAAUUUGUAUAUUUAUGUAAAUAUAUUCUUUACAACUUAUAAUGAACAGUAUUAAUAAAUUCCAUUAAUAAGCAAUGUUUAUAAAAAAUCCAAUAUGAUAUUGGCAUAUUGCUUCUAUCAUAUUAUUGAGCCCUAAUUUUUUAUAUACAUAGGCUAGAAUCUCUCUAACUUCAAUUCUUACGCUUAUUAUCCUUUAAGAACGUGUAAUAUUAGUAUGUAUGUACUGCUACUAUUUUCUGUUAAUAAAAAGUUAUUUCUCAUAA